UCGAACAUAGUAAUGUACGGCGAUUGCUCUUUCUACAAGUCCUACUUUGGUCAGCUGCGCGCGAUCUGCGAAAACGGCACUUGGAAAACCAUCGGAAACUGCAUCGAGUACAGUAAACCCCUGGAGGUGCAAGGUGUUCGUCUUGUGAAUGGAAGCAACCCAGCCGAGGGGCGGGUCGAGAUGAAAGUGUUUGACACCUGGGGCACCGUAUGUAGUGAUGACUUUGGGAUGAAAGAAGCGGAGGUGAUUUGCAGAAUGAUGGGAUACUUGCAUGCCAAGUCCGUUGCUGUCAAAGGAAGUUAUGGAAUAGGAACCGGUCCCAUUUUCAUCGACGAUCUCAACUGUGGAGACGAUGCCUCUCAUAUCAACGACUGUGAAUACACCACGUACCAUAACUGUUCUCACGAGCAUGAUGUGUCUGUGAUUUGCACUGGCCAAAAUCGGCAAAAACAACUGUCUAUGAAACACUUUCUGACGCAACAAGGACAGUACGAUCCGACGACUACAGUGCUAUCGAUCAUGCCUCAACCAAUGAGCAUAGUGCAGAUACCAGCUCCAGAAUACCAAAGCCGAAAGGAAAUCGAACAUUACCGAAGUAAUUGUCCGCGAAAAAUAAAAAUAACUUGUCAAGUGCUCUGGACGAUUGUAGAUUACCAUACCAGAUCGAGAAUGAAGUGAGUGUCAUGUGAUGAGUUGACAGAAAUAAGUUUGUUUCUAUCUGCAGUCAUUUGCUUCUUC